UAACUUUGGUCAUUGCUUGUAUAAUGCAGCACUUGCUGCUUACUUUACGUUGCACAGUAAACCGAGGUCGGGUCGUUUGAAGAAUGUGAGUCUUCGGCUGGUUCAGGCUUGCUGGUGAAGCGUAACUCAUGUGCAUGGCAAUGAAUUUGGUGUGCAGACGGCGCGUUUGCGGGGCCAGCUAGCCGGGCGGGUUGGGACGCCUCGACGAUGCUUGAUGUCCUAAAGUCCACAGAUGUCCUGUUUAAAUGCUCAUGUUUAUUACGUUAAAUGGCCUCUUUGUCUCUGCAGGAGGCCGGUUGGGGGCGUCACCGUUGGGCGGACUCGCGCGCUACCGUCUUCACAGACAGCCUAAAUGGAUCUCCAGCAUCCGUUAUUACAUGACGGGGCAGCUGGCAUCCCGGCCACGCCGCACAACGAGGCGAUGACAGCGGCGACGGGUCCCAGGACGUCCCUCGACACAGCCGUCCCCACAUCCCAGAAGCAGCUGCCUGUUCUUGAUGACUCUCUUGUUUGCGGAGGAGCGCAUUCGGUCGUGGAGAACGGACCGCAGCUGAACCCGAGUUCGCUGCGAGGGAAGCGCAGUCGAGCCGAGCAGGACGAGGGCCUACUGCUGGGCGAGAGCCGGAGCAGUUGUAGACGCUUGGAGCAACAAGCCGGGCAGGCUGCGGAUACCUCACAACACCAUGCCGCUUCAGAAACAACGGGCGCCUCAACUCCGAAGUUUUUAACGUCGGCGGGUGCUGUUGCGGGAGCACCUACUGCCCAUAUAGGCCGGUGUACGCAGACGGUGGAAAUCCAGGAGGGAGGCCUGUCGGGCCUUCCAGCAGGCGACCAACGGGUCCUCGCGGCGCCGACAGCUGGCUCUCCAGCGGCGGCCCCCGCCCAGCUGCAGGCGGCACGCCUGUUAGCUAGCCUGCCGCUGGUGCCGCCUGCAACAGCGGCUCUGCUGCAGCCAAAUGCGCUCCACCGGCACUCCGGCUCAUUUUUAAUCGAGACGGAAAACUGUGCCGGGGCGGAACCACGCUGCCGGGUGGGCGCGCACACCGGAGGCGAGGGCAGCGGAGCAGCGGUGAGCCCGGGCCUCCCGCACAGCGGCUCUGACCGCUCUUUUUACCCAUCCGCCAGCGGCAGUGGCAGUGGGCGCAGCUUCUGUAGGGAUGAUGCCAGCCAGGGUGCGGAUGUCGCAGGGGCGGCAGUGCCGCCCCGCAGCAGCAGCGGCACAGGCAGCGAUGGCAGGACGGCCAGUGAUGCGGGUCGAGGCAGCGGGAGUGGGAGCGGCAGCGGUGCAGGCAGCCGCGGAGGCAGUGGCAACGGGAGCGGGAGCGGGAGCGCCAACGCUGCCGCCGCAGCUGCUGGACAGCUGCUUCAGCCGCAUCAGCAUCCCCAGCAUCACCCUCAGCAGCAACAGCAGCAGCGGCAGCAGCAGCAGCAGGCUGCGCAUCCGCACACCAGCAUAAACACAAUCGGCACCGCGGCCACCAUGUCUUGCGGGCCAGCGCAAUCCGCGCCACUGGCGGCAGCGCUGCACAGCAGCUGGCGCGCCGGGGGUGGCCCCGACAGCACAGCUGCUCCGGCGCAAGCAUGUUUCGCUGCCGCCGGGGCCGGCCGGGGCUCGGGCCCACCCUGUGCGGCGCAAGGUGCUGCGGCCACAGACGGCAACGACCCCCGAACGCUCGAGCACGCGGAUUUGGAUGAGCAGCUGGAUACCGUACUGGCGACCACGGCGGGCUCGGUGCUGGACAUGGCGUCGACACAGCUGGGGGCGGCGCUGCCGCAGGGCGUCAGCGCGCGGCUGAAGAAGCGCAUCCGCAUCAUCCAGCCCAUCAGCAGGGCCUGGGAGGAGGAGACAUUUCGGACGCCUAGCGGGACUGGUGGCGGCGGCGGUGGCUGUGGCGGCGACCACGGUGAUGGCGAUGCGGCCGCCGGCGACAUGGGCGGCAGUGGAGGCAGUGGUAGUGGUGGUGCGGCGGCGGCGGGCCAUGGGGCAGGCGCGGCGGCGGCAGGGGCCGCGACGUCUACAGACUGUGGCAUAUGUCGCCAGGACUCAUCAGCUUCCGGACGCACGGUGCAGGGCAAGGCGCCGGCGCUCACGCCGCUUCGCGCUACCGGCACGGCGCGGCCUGCCAGCAGCGCGGCGGGGCUGGAGGGCCGCGGCGCGGCGCCGGCAGCAGCGGUCACAGCGGGCAUGGCAGCGACGGCAGCCGCAGUGGGUGCGGCGCGCACCGGCGAUGCGGCAGCUGCGCUGGUGCAGUGCCACAGAGCCUGCUCGCAGGACGGCUCACGCCUGGCCAUGGACCUCCAAGCCACAUUGUCGGGCCGCGCGGCAGGGGCCAUGGCAAGUGCCGGCACAGCGCCCGCAGCCGGUGACGGGCCGGCCUCAGACACGGUGUCUCUGGACCUACUGGCGGCCGCAGCAGCGGAUGAAAGCGCGGCAGCGACGGCGGUCCGGCGGCCGUUAGGUGCCUGCCCGAAGCAGGAAGACCUCAUGCUGCUACCAACCGAACUGGAGGCGCCUGCGCUCGCAGAUGUUGACAUGGCUGAGUGCUCGCCCUUCGGCCUCGGAGUGAGCGGCGUGUUACCGGGCCUGGCACAUCCUGGCGGCGCUAGGGCAGGCGACGUCAGCACGCUGCUGCACCUGCCCAGCACUCGUGCCGCAGCUGCGGCGCGCAUGCCGCCACCCCGCCAGCAUAGCGGCGAAGCAACGCCGGGCAGCAAAGCUGCCGGGGGGCCUCCUGGAGCCCCUGGGAAGACCCUGCAGGGCGCGGAUGCCUUUGGCUUUGCCUCGGUGUUUCUCCCUCCUCAUCCGUCUAAUGCACUUCGGAACGGCUCCUUUGACAGCCCCAAGCAUGGCGACAAGCCCGCCGGCCCCGCCGCUGCAGGCGCAGGAGGCCCCCAGGCCACCAUGCAGCUGCGGCCGCCCCCGCCUGCCGUUGCAGCCGCACCUGCGGCUAGCUGCGGGCUUGCGCAAGCUGCUGCGAACGGGGACGCAUCUGUCGCAGCCGGUGCGGCGCACAGCAUGGGCCACUUACUCCGCGGGGCACCGACAGCAGGGGCUGGAGGCAGUCAGGCAUUUGGUGACGCGAGCGGGGCGAUCGGCUGUGGAGCCAUGCGUGGGCCGGCCUCGUCAGGGGCCCUACCGACCGGCCCUGGCUCGGUCAGCGCAGCGACGGCGAUGGACGCCCUGCCUAGCGUGUGCCCGCCCUCCGCUGUUCCCGCGUCGACGGGUGCGGCAACCGCGGCGGCGGCUCCGGCCAACCGGCCCACGGCGUUGGGUCCAGGUGACCCGCUGCGGCUGUUGCACCAACAGCCGCCGGCGUGCCUGGGCAGGGUCCAGGGCGAGCUGACGCUCCUGUACCAAUGGUACGUGGCAAACAAAACCGUGUACCUGGACCAGGCGCGGCAGCAGCUGCAGCGCGUGGAGUCACUGACGGCGCAGGCCGUGUCCAACGCGGCCGCCGUCGCCGCGGCCGCCGCCACCAGCGGUGGGCCGCAUGCGGCAGGCGACGCCGCCAUUGCCCUGUCCUCCGCAGCCAUGGCGAGGGCGGAGAGCUCGGAGGCCAUCCGCGCCUUUGAGACGGCGCUGCAGAUCAUGCGCGUGUGCAGCAAAGUGGAGCAGCAGUCCGUAGCCGUGGGCGGCGGGCUGCCGCAGCAGCAGCAGCCGCACCCGCUGCUGCACCCGCAGGCCAUACCACAGCCGCCGCGGCCGCUGCUGCCUCUGGGCGUGCCACUCGCAGCCUGGCAGGCGGACGUGGCCGCGGCGGCGGCCGCCGGCGGCGGAGGCGGCAUGCCGCCUUUGCAUUUCCGCCAGCCCAUGACGGGGCAAGAAUCCAGGGAGUCAGCCGACUUGGCGAUGGCGCUGGCGGCAUCCCAGCAGCAGCAGCAGCAGCCGACAGGAGGCUAUACAGCAGCUGGUGUGCCGCCAAGCCCGUGGGCAGCCAUGGCGCCGGGUCCGGAGGCCGCGCUGGCUGUCGCAGCGGCCCUAGUUGGCGCCUCCGGACUGGGCGGCAGGGCAAAGGACGGGAAAGCAAGGAGCGCUGGAGCCGCGGAGGCGGCUCGCCUGCCGCAGCUUCCGUUGCUGGUUCCUCCCGGCGGCCUCGGGUCGCCGCAACAACCGUCGCCGCGGGGUCUGCCGCUGAAGCUGAACCACACGUGCGCGGCUGCAGCUGACGCGCUGGCUCCCGCAACACUGGCUGCGCUAGGUACAGAGAUGGCGGCGCUCAGUGGGCCGCCCGCUGCGGCGGCGUCGGCACCGCUGCUGGCGACACUGCCGAAUACGGGACUGCCGGCAGCGGCCCACCCAGGCGGUCGCGCCAAGGCGUGACAAGGUAAUCAGCCGCUCAUGCAGAACCUGAGCUCGGAGGUUUGUUACUAACCGCCAGUAUGGGAUCCUCCUAUGUGUGAUUGGGACAUUGCCGGAGGAGGAAGCUGCAGAAAAGCACAGGCUUGCGGUUAAGAGCAGUGACCAAGCAUAGGAAUUGUUCUGUCUCCUGGCGGCACUACUCCAGUCCGACAUUGCGGUGUUGUUUGUUUGUGUUGUGUUGUGGCAGAGGCAGCCGUACGUUGCUGUUGCGGCCGUACCUGCCUGCUGCUGUGCAUCUUCUUUGCAUCUACCCGAUAUCCGCUAUCAUUAUGCGCGGCUCUAGCUUCCAUCGCACUUGCUAGCGCAUGGACGGCUUGCACGGGUGGCACGCAUUCAUAAGUUGCAUUACGCUUGGUGAGGUCACUGAGCUUGGAGCGAAGGUGUUACCACAUGUUUUUUUUUCGGAUUCGCGCCUACGGGGGGCUCAAGGCCCUGGCAAGAGCAUGUUGCGAUUCGCGGCACUUGGCGGUUGUAUGCGAUACACCUUACCGUGUCAAGGCCAUCUACCGGAGGGCUAUGAAAAGGCCGCCUGGAUAAUUGCACCGUUUUGCUAGGAAGGUAUCUCUUGGGGCGCAUGACAAUGAUUCGCAUGGCUGAGUUUGAAGGUUGUUGCCGUUUGUGUACGCGCGCACGUGUGCUUGUGAUAUCAAAAGAUUUGUGGCGUUGUGCGUUGUCGCUGGUGACAGUGGGCGCGUUGGUCUCGUACUCGGCGGCUGUGCAGGGGGUGUUUGUUUUCGCAUCUACAUGUGUUGUUGAGGGGAUAUUGGGAGAUACUUGUUCUGAAUACAUAGGCAAACCAGGCACUUGUACGCGACUGGCGAGUGCCAGUGGGUCUGCCAGCGCCUUCAAGAACUAUGCUGUACAGAGAAGCUGCAUGCAACGCAACCGAAACAAGCAAGGCCUGAACUUUGUGCUGGGGGUUGUUGGUUAAACAUGUCACCACUAAGCAUCUUAUGCUAGGCUGUGAUGGAUGGGGUCAGCGUUUCCACGUACAAUGGUUGGUGUGAGACUGUGUGAGCGGUGCAAAUCAACGAAGACAUCCAGUAGCGGCUCAGAUGAAGAGUUGCAGGAAAGUUGCGGAAAACUUGCGGGCGACGUCAGAUUGUCCACCUGUUAUGUGGGUCCGAAGAUUGGUGGUGCGUCAUGAAACGCCUCUCGCACGCUGGUUUGUGUCUUUCAAUGGCGAGGAUACAUUUGUGUUCAAGGGGGGCGCAUGCUCCCGGGUAAGGUGUUGAGGGGCGUGGGGUUGUGGCCGAGGGUUUGCUGGCACAUGUCUUGCAACCUAGGCAUGCAUGCCGAGAGGGGCUGCAAACACUGGGGAACCCAACGCAUGCUGGGUAUAGGUACGAGGUUUGCCAAAGGAUGUCUGCUGGUCGCUCACGGAACUCGCUCACGGUACUUGUGAAGCGCGUGGCGUGUAGUGUGCCAGUACAGUAGGGGCAACACUCGAAGGAGUCAGAUUGCCUGCACAUACGCAUCAACAUGAGAUGUAGUCGACCAUCAGACACGCCCCUCAGCCAAUCCUGGCGUAAUCGCGGCUUCUGGGUGCACGUCCCCCGCGCGCUUUGUACAGGUGCUCCAGCAGUCGAGCCAGCUCCAGGAUGCACAGGCAACUGCAUGGACACUCUCCUGUGGAAGACGUGCAAGGCCGUACGCCGACACAGAGGAAGCAGGACAGGGAGCUGCGCAGGGAGGCUGUCUUGCUGGCACGGGAGAUCGCUACUGUGCCUGGGUGGCCAACUGUAGCAGGAACGCCGUAAAAGGACUUGAUGACGAGCUGGGGCUACCUUUUAGAGUAGGGA